CCCGGCUGUGCCAGCUGAGUUCACAGAUGACUAGAACGUUUCCAAUGACACCGAGUUAAACUUUGGCACAAUGAGAAAUGGAAAGACAGCCUUAAUGGCAGCAAUUGAGACGCAUCUGGAGAAACUCUGCACUGUCGAAAUUAGAAGGAUCCACAGCUUCUCAGUGAAUGUGACUCUGGACGCAGAAACGGCACAUCCGAACUUACAGGUGUCCACAGACAGUAAAGAGGUGCGAGACACCGGAGAGAGUCACGUCAUCCCGGGCAGCCCGCAACAGUUCGACCUGGUCGGAGGGAUCCUGGGAAAACCACGCAUCAUGUCGGGAAGAGCUUUCUGGGUUGUGGAGGUGGGGAAUAAGGUGGGCUGGGAGCUGGGGGUGAUGAGGUAUGGAGCGAAUCGGUCAAAGCAUGUAUGGAGCUUUGGAAGACCCUCCCAUCCAGCUUCAGCUCUCCUCCAAACCCCGGAAGCUAGGAGUGUUGGUGGACUGUGA